AGUUGGUGUUGUGUUGUAAAUUUGGGAAGACCGACGGGAGGGGUUUCUUUUUCUAAAGACACUUAAUAACCUUAAAAAAAAAACUAUGGAAGAGUGAGACUUGCGGGUCAUUACACAACAGCAGAUAAUGAAAACGUCGUCUGGAGUUUGGAAAAGAAAGUCGAAUAGCAGUUCCUAGCAGAGAAGUGAACAAGAUAGACUCCUUGCGUGUGCUUGUGAUCUGGUUAUACAAAGGAGAAAGGUGACACGCCGAGAUGACAGAACAGCUCAGCUCAAAACGAAAAACUAUGUGUUCGGUUAACUUCCUCGCUAAAAUAUAAGUUUAAAAAGAAAAACAGAAUAUAAUUUCACACACCGGCUGUAACCCACCCGUGCUGAUCGUUUUAUUGCUACUGUUUUUAUUUGUUAUGAAGACAAUGACGGAUCAUUCCAAACGCGUCAAUUGAGGACUUGUUGCGUUCACCCUCGUGGAUUUAUUCAGUUUAUUCUCUUCGUGAGCCAAGUGGAUUUCAGAAGAACACCGCUUUGGUAGAAGCUACAGAACAACCAGGUAUGAAAAAUGAGUUGCAGGAAAGUGAAGAUCCUGGGUAUCAUGAUGAUAGCAAAUGUCUUAGUUUACAUCAUGGUGGAAGUGACCAGGAGUGGGAACCAGGACAAAACCAGCAACAGUAAAGUCAGAAUCCCAGACAAGCAGUUUUGGAAGAAACCGGUUCCAAGUGAAGCUUACUGGAACCGAGAACAGCAGGGGUUGGACCUAUUGUACAACCCUGUUCUAACUGCAUUAAACAGCACUAGCAGUACUGUGGAGGCAAGUCUGAAUGUUAGUCAGCUGACUCCCUGUGAGCCUGACCUUGGGGUCAUGACCCAAGUCAAGGACUUUAACUCCCUACCAGAACGCUUCAAGGAUUUCCUCUUGUAUAUGAAGUGUAGGACUUAUCCCCUGGUAGUCAACCAGCCACGCAAAUGCAAGGACAAGCCUUUCCUUUUGCUCGCUAUAAAGUCACUCACCCCGCACUUUGAUAGGAGGCAAGCCAUACGCGAGUCUUGGGGAAAGAUGGGUAAGAUAGGCAACUACACGGUGGUCACUGUGUUUUUGUUGGGAAAAACGACCAGCAUGGAUCAUUUUCCUGACCUUUCUGAAAUGCUGCGAUAUGAAAGCAACAUGCAUGGUGACAUCCUGCUGUGGGACUAUAGAGACUCCUUUUUCAACUUGACGAUAAAAGAAGUUCUGUUCCUGGAGUGGGUCAGCAAGUACUGCUCUGACGUGAAAUUUAUUUUUAAAGGAGACGAUGAUGUUUUUGUCAAUACAUAUAGGGUCCUGGAAUACUUGAAUAGCUUAGGUGAAGCUAAAGCCAAAGAUUUAUUUAUUGGGGAUGUUAUCACAAAUGCCGGACCUCACAGAGACAAAAAGUUGAAGUACUUUAUUCCGGAGAGCAUGUUCAUUGGGCCGUACCCUCCUUAUGCAGGUGGAGGUGGCUUUCUUUACUCUGGAAGCCUGGCGCUAAGACUGUACAAUGUAUCUCAUCAAGUAUCUCUGUAUCCAAUCGACGAUGUCUACACAGGUAUGUGCCUUAAAAAGCUUGGCCUUGUUCCUGAAAAGCACAAAGGAUUUAGGACUUUUGAUAUUGAAGAAAAAUAUAGAAGCAAUCCCUGUUCUUACAAAAGCCUAAUACUGGUACAUAGCAGAACUCCACAAGAGAUGAUCAAAAUAUGGUCUUGGCUGAAUAAUCCAGAGUUGACUUGUCAGUAAGAACUUAACCAGGACUAAAAUGUAUGGGUUUGAAAAAAGUGGGCAGCUAAUUUUGUACUUCAGUUUGGGCCUUAAUUUAAAUGUUUGUAGUGUGGCGUCAGUGUUGCCCAGAAGUACUAUUUUGAUAUCCAGGUCCCUGUUGACCUAGGAUUCCUUUGUAAUUACAAUGCAAAGUCAUGAUUUACUGUGAUCCAAAAGCAGCCUUGAAGAAUCUGAAAGAAGAUAUGAAGGGUAUGAAUAUUUUAGAAUGAAGUUUCCUUCCUUUUUUCUUUUAGCAUACAACUUUUGGAUUGUAUAAUUUAAUUGUAAUGUAACAAAUGGAUACAAUUGCCCGUCAAAGUUCAGAGGAAAAUAAAUGCUGCAUUAAUUCAAACAUAAGUUUAAUAUAUGGUAAAUAUCUAUGCAACGCCUCCUAAUCUGAGACCUGCAGUUGACGACCACUCCAAUUCAAACAUGAACAAGUGAUGGCCCAUCCUAAUACUAAAGGCUUUUUGUUUUAUUCUGCUUUGUUUAUGUAAAUACUUGCAUGGUAAUGACGUUGCCUAAGUCACUGGACCCAAUGCUGUGUACUUAAGUGUUGGUACUGUUGACACAUUUUUAUCAUUGUGAUGAAUCUGCAAGAGCAGAAUGGGUAAAAUUAUAAAUAAUAAAGAAGGAAAAAGUCAUUUGCCUCAAUUAAGGAAUACUCUUAAAACGUCUGUACUUUCAGCUGCUUUACUCACUUCUUGCACAAAGUUAAGAUAAAAAAUAAACUGUAGACUACUUUUUGUUUUUAAAAUGUAAAUUAUCCAUAAUCUACUGCGUGCCCCUUUUUGUUCAUUGGCAGAUGAAAAAUAUUAAACCGCCUAAAGCUCAACCAAAUGCUUAAGCUAAAAGGUUGUGACUCCACAGUGUUUGUUUUCAGGCUACCCAGUGUUUGUUUUUUCAGGUUACUACUUGUUUACCAGUAGCUGUGCUUGCCAGCGUCAGUAAAAUAGUCUUUGAGAAUUCACAUGUUCAUUGUAAGAUGUCUUUGUGUACAUGAUUUAGAUAGUGUUAGGAUGUUUUGAAGGCUAUGAGUAAAGGUUCUCCAAACACAUGCUAUUUUAUGUGGCAGCCUAUUUUUUUGUGUUUAAGGAAAACAGCUGACGCUUGCCACAAGGGACACAUUUAAUGAGUACAUUCAAAACAUGGAGGCUUUAUUUAAUGCUCAAUCGCAUGACAACUUCGUUUUGAAGACCUAGUUUGUUUUGCACAUUUCCUUUACCUACUCUGAUGCUGUUAUCUUUAUAUAUAUAUAUAUAUAUAUAUAUAUAUAUAUAUAUAUAUAUAUAUAUAUAUAUAUAUAAUGUAGUAAUAUUUGACACAAUAGGUUUCUGAAGAAUAGUGUGAUAUGUACAGCCAUCUCCGAUCACUUGUAUCAGUUUUUAUCUAUGGAUAUUGUGUUGGCUCUUUAAUGGUAGCCAAUUCAUAUGAAUGUCAGGUUCAUAGGAUUGCAUAGGAGUAACACUUGAAUAACAUGUUUUGAAAAGAUUUCAUGUCCAGAUUUUUAUUUUUGUAAAUGACCACAAAUUCAAGCGGAACACUGCAGAAACAGCUGCUUAAUCAUUGGAAUUUUUAUUCGUUUUGCAGCCAUUAUUUUAGUGUCACCAAAGUGUCUUAUUUAACUGUGUAUUAUAAUAAUGUACAUGGGUGGCUUUGUCACCUGUAUCGUACAGCACCCUGUGCAGAAUUCAGUAUGUACUGUAUUUUCCCCCCUCUGUCUAUUCCAUAUUCCCCAGGAACCUGUAUGUAUUUUGCAAAACUCUGUCCAAUCUGUACUAUACUGAGCAUAUCAUGAAGAGUAAUUGAUUCCUAAGAGAAAUUGAACCUUGUUUUAAGGAUUGUUGUGAACCAAAUGUGUGUGGGGUUUUUUUUUUUUUAAAUGUUGAUUUGUAUUUCCUUAUUUGUAAUCGCUUCUUUCACAAACAAGCUGAAGAUGCUUGUUUGUUAAUUUUCUUCCAAAAUUGUUCUGUUUGUGUGCUUUCUGUGUCUAUGUAAAAAAAAAAGUGCCUGCUGUUUAUUUAUUGUUUAGGGUUGACUAAAUUGUUUUUCACCUCCUAAUCUCAGACUGCAUAUACUCUUAUUUGUUUAUGAAAAUAACUUAUGCACAAAGAGUUUUAGUUUGGGUAUUGAUUUGAUCAUUGGAAUACUAUCUCUUAAUAAAGUGUGUUUAAAGAUU